CAAAAUGGUCUCUGUAGACGCUCCUCCUUCCGCACUCAAAUCUGCAAACCCUAAUGCGAGAUGAUGCUCAAUUCCCCCGAACGACUUAUCUGAUUCAAGUUUGGAGAUAAUUUUCCCGAGUUUUGCCGUUUCGGCGUUCUCUGAUUCCUGCAACUCGAAGCAAUCGUUCCUGUACAAAAAUUGGAUUUAUCUUGGAUUGCAAUCAACCACUGUGCCACCAAAAACAAGCAUUGAAUCCCUUCUUCUCUGUCUCUCUCCACUUCAGUGUCCAUACAAAAGGCUCCCAUUCGGAUGGCUUCCAGGAACAAGAGGAAUCAGCCUUCUAGCCCUCCACAAGGGUCAUCAUUGUAUAAAAGGCAAAAAAUUGGUAAUGUGAAAAUGCCUCCUAAUGCUAGAACAAGAAUGCAAACCCGACAACCCCUUGCAGUAGUAAAUGGGGGCCAGGAUCCUCCUCCUGUCAGCGGACCACCAAGCAGCGCAAGUUCUGACUCUGAACUGAUUGAAUUUAGCAAAGGGGAUGUGGAAGCCUUACUCAAUGAGAGGUUGAGAUUAAAAAAUAAAUUCAAUUACAAGGAAAAAAGUGAGCAAAUGGAAGAUUGCAUCAGAAGGCUCAAACAAUGCAUCAAAUGGUUCCAACAGCUCGAAGGGAAUUAUGUUGUAGAACAGGAGAGACUAAAAAGCUUGUUGGAGUUGGCUGAAACGAAGUGCAAUGAUAUGGAGUUGUUCAUGAAGGCAAAAGAAGAUGAGUUGAACUCAAUUAUUAUGGAGCUGAGGAAAAAUUUGGAGUCACUGCAACAAAAGCUUGAUAAGGAAGAAUCAGACAAAUUGGAAACAUUGGCUUCUUUGGCUCAAGAGAAGGACUCAAGACUAGCUGCAGAGAGACUGCAAGCUUCCAUUGCAGAAGAGCUGACGCGAACCCAACAAGAUAAUGCUAUUAGUGUCCAAAAGAUACAAUCACUUAAUGAUAUGUACAAGAGGUUACAAGAGUAUAACACAAGCUUACAGCAGUACAAUACUAGACUUCAGUCAGAACUUCAUACAAGUAAUGAGACUCUCAGGCGUGUUGAGAAAGAGAAAUCAGUAGUUGUUGAAAAUCUCAGUGCUCUUAGAGGCCACUAUACAUCUCUUCAAGAUCAGCUUACAUCUUCAAGAGAAUUACAAGAUGAGGCUAUGAAGCAAAAGAAAGCACUAAGUAGUGAAGUAACACGCUUGAGAGGUGAUCUGCAACAAGUACGAGAUGAUCGUGACCACCAAUUGCAACAAGUUCAGACGCUUUCUAGUCAACUGGUAAAAUAUAAAGAACAUAAUGGAAAAUCUACAGCUGAAGUAGAUACCUUGAAUGUGAAAACAAAGGAGUUGGAGUCAACAUGCUUGCACCAGUCUGAGGAAAUAAGGCAUCUAAAAGAGCAGUUGAGCUUUUCGCAGAAGAAAUUAAAGCUGUCUGAUAUGUCUGCAAUGGAGACAAGGUCUGAACAUGAAGAACAAAAAUCGGUUAUUCUUGAUUUACAAAAUCGUCUAGCUGAUGCAGAGUUAAAGAUAGUAGAAGGAGAGAAACUUCGCAAGAAAUUACAUAACACCAUCCUGGAGUUGAAGGGGAAUAUCCGUGUCUUUUGUAGAGUUAGACCACUCUUGUCAGGUGAUGGAGUUGUAACAGACACAAAAGUUGUUUCCUUCCCAACAUCAAUGGAAACAGAAGGUCGAGGCAUUGAAUUGACUCAUAAUGGUCAAAAACAUUCCUUUAGUUUUGACAAAGUCUUAAUGCCUGAUGCCUCUCAAGAAGAUACAUUUGUAGAGAUAUCCCAGCUUGUUCAAAGUGCUCUGGAUGGUUACAGGGUAUGUAUAUUUGCUUAUGGUCAAACGGGUUCUGGAAAGACAUAUACUAUGAUGGGGAAGCCAGGACAGACUGAUCAGAAAGGUUUGAUUCCAAGAUCACUGGAACAAGUGUUUGAGACCAGACUUAAUCUUCAAGCCCAAGGAUGGAAAUAUGAAAUGCAGGUUUCAAUGCUUGAAAUAUAUAAUGAAACGAUCCGUGAUCUAUUAGCGCCAAAUAGAUCAGCUGAAAGUGCUGCAAAGCAGUACACUAUCAAACAUGAUGCAAAUGGCAACACUCAAGUUUCUGAUCUUACAAUUGUUGAUGUUCAUAGCAGCAAAGAGGUUUCAUAUCUCUUAGACCGUGCUGCCCAAAGCAGGUCUGUGGGCAAAACUCAAAUGAACGAGCAAUCCUCAAGAAGUCACUUUGUUUUCACACUUCGAAUAGCUGGUUACAAUGAGAGCACCGAUCAACAAGUACGAGGUGUUCUCAAUCUAAUUGAUCUUGCUGGCAGUGAACGCCUAUCUAAAAGUGGAUCUACCGGGGAUAGACUAAAAGAAACUCAGGCUAUCAAUAAGAGCUUAUCAUCACUAAGUGAUGUCAUAUUUGCUUUGGCGAAGAAAGAGGAGCAUGUGCCUUACAGAAACUCAAAGUUAACUUAUCUUCUCCAGCCUUGCUUGGGUGGAGAUUCGAAGACUCUAAUGUUCGUCAACGUAUCCCCUGAUCCUUCAUCCGUGGGUGAAUCACUUUGUUCACUACGUUUUGCAGCCAGGGUAAACGCUUGUGAGAUAGGCGUUCCAAGACGCCAAACCAACAUAAGAUCUUCGGACCCUCGUAUGAGCAUUGGAUGA